AUGCGGCUAUCUCGCUCGCACAACUUUAGCGUUGCACGUGUUGAUAUUGUUUUGCCUCCUGGCCGUCAGUCGGGAAUUGUUUUAUUGUCUAAAAAUUAAAUUAAAAGACAAUUUAACAAAAUGAAGUGGACUACGGCGAACUUAAAACAUCCCAAUUAUACAGCCAAACAUGAAUUAUUUGUAGGCACACACACAGGCUCAUUUAAACAUUUGUUACCCGCUGCUGAAAAGAAUCCAUAUGCACAAUCAAAUCUUAGCGAUGUGACAGCUCUGGACAAAGAAUCGCGAGUGACUGCGCUGACAUAUGGCAAUGAGGCAAAAACGGAAAUUCUGCUCGGUCGUGCGAAGAACGUAGCUGAGCUGCACUCACUUGGAGUCGGCGGUGGCGUAAACACGCGUCGCAUAGAUUUUACCGGCGCUCCAAUUGUAGGUCUAGCUCGUUAUAAUAACAACCUGAUUGGUGGCUUUGGCAAUGGAAAUAUACAGAUUUUGUCGCUGGGUGCAGCUGAUGAGGAGGAGGAGGCCAUAGUGGAUCCGGUUCUCAUCAACACUGGUGAUCAAAUGGACCAUAUGCGUCAGUGCACCAUAGAGAGGCAGAUUGUGGCCACUGGUGGCAAAGCACGACAGAAUAACUUGAAAGUGUACGACCUGAGUGCCGAUGGCAAACAGAUCUUCAGCUCUAAGAAUUUGCCCAACGAUUAUCUGCAGCUGGAGGUGCCCGUGUGGGACAGCGAUAUCGGCUUUGUAGAUGGACCUAGCGUCUUGGCCACCUGCUCCCGCCAUGGCUAUGUGCGGCUCUACGAUACGCGCAAGCAACGUCGGCCUGUGACUCACUUUGCCAGCGAAGAGCAUGGCAUGAGCUUUGCUUCGCUCGUUGCAAAAGGUCACUACAUAUACACAGGCACCACAAUGGGUGUCUUAAAGGCCUUUGACACGCGCCGCAUGAAAACACAUGUCCACACCUAUAAAGGCUUUACAGGCGGUAUCAGCGACCUGCACUUGGAUGACACGGGAAAAUAUCUAAGCUCCGCUUCUCUGGAUCGCUAUGUGCGAGUACACGAUGCCGACUCGACUGUGCUGCUCUAUCAAUGUUAUGUUAAGUCGAAGGCAACGAAGGUGCUCAUUAACCAGGUGCCACUACAACAGCCAGAGUCCAUCGAGAAUGACGACGAAGUAGAGCCCGAAGAGCAAGUGCAUAAGAAAAACAAAAACAAGAAAGAGGUUAAGGCAACACCCCUGGACACGGAAUAUGAGAACAUGUUUGAACAGAUGGACACCGUGGGUGACAGUGAUGAUGGAACGGCCGAGGAACAAACGACAGCACCAGAGCAGCAAACGCCAGCGACCAAAAAGCGAAAAGCGACUAAGCAAUCGCAAAAGAGUAAAAAGAAAAAACAAUAAGCACGCGUUAUGAAAUAAACCCCUUUUAAAAUUAAGUUGUAUAUCAAAGAAAAUAUAUAAAUGAUAUUUUUAAUUGAGUCUAA